UUGAAGAAAAUUACGCACCUCGGUGCAUGAACCCUUCUGAUAUGACGCAAAGGGGAUUAUCGAGAGGGGGUAAACGGCCAAUUCCGGGUGCAAAUCAGUGCCGUAUAUAAUCCUCCUUUCCCUCCCCAAUUCACCGCUCGUCCUACAAAGGGAUCGAGAUGACGUCUCCAUCCAGAGCAGCAAUUGCUGAAUUCUUCAGAGGCUACAGCUCCCCAAGCUACACCUACGAUCCUACACUCACCAUCAAUGACGAAUUCUCGCGACUGGAGCAAGAGCAGCAGUGGGGGCCCGAGGAGGGGCAUACGCAUCGCAAACUCUUCGACCGUGCCGUCCACUUGGCACACUUCUUCUGGAAGCACGAGUGGGGAGGCUAUGCAUUCCGAGAGGGUGCGGGGUAUGACCACGAGUUCUGGCGACUAUGCCAGAAGAAGGGGUGGGAUGAGGACCGGAUCGGUAGGGCGGUGAACGAAUAUUUAAAGCUCCGAGGUGGCUCGGCCGAAUCCCUCAUGGCUGCCAGGGACACGAUGCCCGAGGAGACGGCACCCCUGGAAGCUGAAGCGAUACCGGAGAUAACAUACCCAGAAGAAGAAGAGGACGCCCAAACGGUACACCCGGACGAUCCUGAAGCUCCUGAAAUGCGGAAUGUCAUCGCCGCGUUUUUCGUCACCCACUCUUCCCCCAAUUACACAUACACCGGCCAAGCCCCCAGAAUCGAAUUUCGGGAGCUAAUCGAGGUCAGAAGGCGAGCCUGGAGAGCUCGUGAUCCGCGCGGGACGUGGCGCCAGGAUUUUCGGGAAACGGAGGAGUUCGAAGCUCUGGAUAGGGGGUAUCACGAAGCGGUAGAGGAGCGUUUCGACGGGCUAUUGGGUAUGAGGGCCGAAGCCACAGAGGGGUACAGAAUGAGGCCAUGGGAGUCUAUCCUAGAGCUAUUCCGAUUGGGAGAUAUUCCCACCUCGAAGACUAAGGCUUCAAAGGUACUGAAUACCACCCCCGGACUCCGGAACCCCCUUUAUGUAUAUGUGCAUCGACUGACACCUACUUUGAAGAUCAUCAAGCAAAUAUACGUUAACAUCUACGAUUUUCUUGAAUUUCUAGAAGAGCCCUAUGAUAGCUCUGCAGGGGAAGGAUACGUCACUGGGGAAGAUGAGUAUAUGAGAGCGUCCAUGCUCUGCCACCCUAGCCGUGCAGAGCUGGCGCAGUACUCUCGCGGGAACGACAAAGUGUUCCCACUAGAAAUGGCGAAGGGGGACGGGACGCUAAAGCUACUCCUACAGCCCCUAUGGGGGGGCCGUGCCGGUGUGGGGAUAGAAGAAUGGGACGAGGAGGAGGAGGAACUAUAAGUUUCCUUUGGGUCGGUAGAGCGUGUGGUGCCCGGUUGGGAGUCUUGACUUGGUCUAGGAUAGAAUUUUCAGGAGGAAAAAGCACUGCUAUGUAGACUACCUUAAACACCCCUCUAUAUUUAUCAUAGGCGAAAGAAUGUUAGGGAUCCGGAGGAGGGAGAGUUAUCAU